GUGCACAAUCAAGCUUGGGCACCUAGAGACGCUCUAUUGUCUGCUCUACUGAUUCAAUCUUGCGCUCUUCUAGAGCCCGCGGAGGGAAACUCUCGACGGGCUAUGAACGAGGGAACAAAAAGGGACCAGCACUCCCGCUGUGCAUAUGCGUGUGAUGAUGGAACGGGUUCCCUAGCGCCCAUUUCCUCCACCAUCAUCAACCCUUACCCGCUCGCUCAAAGUAUAUUAGCGUACACACUCACCUCGCCAAGGCCGCGUACCCGUCUCACCCCAUCCAUGGUCUCGCCCAUUCUCACGCCUCACCAGAGAUUCCACCAUAUGGAAUGCUAUCCUCCAAGCUAUCCUCAUCGUGGCCGUGUGCCCGUUUUGCAACAAUAG